UUACGUUGCAAGCUCUUUGCAAAGAUGGGGGACGACCGACCUUUUGUGUGCAACUGUCCCGGCUGUGGACAGGUAAGCCGUCUACCUUUACCUUGUCUUGGGUUUCAGGUGUGUGAGUGUCUGUGUUUCUGAGUUCGGUUUUACCUGUGUGCUAGUGUUUAUGUAUGUUUUACUGUUUGUGGCAGUUGAUCGUGGAAUUAAUAUAGUCUAGUGAAUAUCCUCAUUUCGUUUGGAUUUCACUGUGUGUGUGUGUGUGUGUGUGUGUGUGUGUGUGUUUACAGUUGCGUUUGUGUGGUUGUACUGUACUUGUUUGUGUAUUUUGCUGUCUGGCAGUUGACUGGAAUAACUAUAUUUUGAGUCCGAGUCCUCAGUUGAUUGGAAAGUUGAAACAUGGUAUUGGUGGUACUGUACUCCAGUGUUUCCCCUAUAUUCAUUAAUAAUAAUUUGGGAUGGUAAAACGUUUUCAGUGUAAACUUAAACGACUAAAACCAGAUAUAAAGUAUGUAGAAAAGAUAAUGGCGCAAUACAUAUUUUUAUUCUAUAUUUUUGUAGGUUUUUGAUGUGUUUUUUCCCAUCCGAUUUAUGCUUUGGCCACAAAUAAGAGUAUAGGAUGAGUCAACAACAUUAUUUGGGAAUGAGUUAACAGAAUAUUAACUUUUAAAAGUCAGAUUUUCACUGGACAGUUACUUUAAAACUGCACGUUUUCUCUUAGCUCCAUGGCAAAAUGUGUAGAAUUGCAGGAAACUAGCUUUGAAACUGUGAAUGUUCUCUCCGCCCCAUGACAAAAUGUAUAGAAUUGCAGGAAAUUACUUUAAAACAGCAAAAUUGUCUCUGCAGUUAGGAGGAGGGCCCCCCUUUGCCACCGCUGCUGAACGAAAUCCUAGGGGAAACACUGUACUCAUACUGGGAAGCUGCUACGGUCAUCCACCUCUUCAAAGGGAUCCAAACUGUUACAGACCUAUAUCCAUCCUGCCCUGCCAAAGUAUUUGAAAGCCAAGUUAACAAACAGAUCACCGACCAUUUCGAAUCCUACCCGUACCUUCUCCGCUAUGCAAUCCGGUUUCCGAGCUGGUCAUGGGUGCACCUCAGCCACGCUCAAGGUCCUAAACGAUAUUAUAACCGCGAUAAAAGACAGUACUGCGCAGCCCUCUUCAUCGACCUGGCCAAGGCUUUCGACUCUUGUCAACCACCGCAUUCUUAUUCGCAGACUAAAUAGCCUUGGUUUCUCUAAUGACUGCCUCGCCUGGUUCACCAACUACUUCUCAGAUAGAGUUCAAUGUGUCAAAUCGGAGGGCCUGUUGUCUGGACGUCUGGACCUCUGGCCGUCUCUAUGGGGGUGCCACGGGGUUCAAUUCUCGGGCUGACUCUAUUCUCUGUGUAUAUCAAUGAUGUCGCUCUUGCUGCUGGUGACGCUCGGAUCCACCUCUAUGCGGACAACACCAUUUUGUAUACAUCUAGCCCCUCAUUGGACACUGUGUUAACAAACCUCCAAACGAGCUUCAAUGCCAUACAACACUCCUUCCGUAGCCUCCAACUGCUCUUAAACACUAGUAAAACUAAAUGCAUGCUCUUCAACCGAACGCUGUUUGCACCCGCCCACCCAACUAGAAUCACUACUCUCGGCGGGUCUGACCUAGAGUAUGUGGACAACUACAAAUACCUAGGUGUCUGGUUAGACUGUAAACUCUCCUUCCAGACUCACAUUAAGGUUCUCCAAUCAAAAGUUAGAUCUAGAAUCAGCUUCCUAUUUCGCAACAAAGCCUCCUUCACUCAUGCUGCCAAACAUGCCCUCGUAAAACGGACUAUCCUACCGAUCCUUGACUUCGGCGAUGUCAUUUACAAAAUAGCCUCCAACACUCUAAUCAGCAAAUUGGAUGUAGUCUAUCACAGUACCAUCCGUUUUGUCACCAAAGCCCCAUAUACUACCCACCACUGAGACCUGUACACUCUUGUUGGCUGGCCCUCACUACAUAUUCGUCGCCAAACCCACUGGCUCCAGGUCAACUAUAAAUCACUGCUAGGCAAAUCCCCGUCUUAUCUUAGCUCACUGGUCACCAUAGCAACACCCACCCGUAGUCUGCGCUCCAGCAGGUAUAUCUCACUGGUCAUCCCCAAAGCCAACACCUCCUUUGGCCGCCAUUCCUUCCAGUUCUCUGCUGCCAAUGACUGGAACGAACUGCAAAAAUCUCUGAAGCUGGAGACUCUUAUCUCCCUCACUAACUUUAAGCGUCAGUUGUCAGAGCAGUUUACCGAUCACUGCACCUGUACACAGCCCAUCUGUAAUUAGCCCACCCAACUACCUCAUCCCCAUAUUGUUAUUUAUUUUGCUAAUUUGCACCCCAGUAUCUCUAUUUGCACAUCAUCUUUUGCACAUCUAUCAUUCCAGUGUUAAUAUGAAAUUGUAACUAUUUUGCACUAUGGCCUAUUUAUUGCCUUACCUCCAUAACUUACUACAUUCGCACACACUGUAUAUAUAUUUUCUGUUGUAUUUUUGACUAUGUUUUGUUUACCCCAUAUGUAACUCUGUGUUGUUUUUUAUCGCACUGCUUUGCUUUAUCUUGGCCAGGUCACAGUUGUAAAUGAGAACUUGUUCUCAACUGGCUUACCUGGUUAAAUAAAGGUGGAGGAAAAAAAAAAAACAUUCUGAAAUGAAUGACAUUUCCCAUUGCAGUGGUGGAACAUGGGUAGCGAGUAGACACUUAUUUUAAACAUCAACAGGAUUUAGCUCUGCUGCCACUGAAAGUGUCCACAUGGACAACACAACACAUUUAUAUUUUCUGUUUCUGUUCUGUUGCCAACUCCUUGUGAAAUGAUCAUGUUUGGUGUGACAUUGAGUGGCAAGAGAGGACAGACACAUCUGUGAUCAGACUAGGUCUCUUCCACUUUGGUUAAUGAGCUCACACAUGGACAAUAACACACUGCCGUUCAGCCAGGCGACAAACACUGAUCACACUGUCUGACAGUGACAGCUAGCGCUAUUGUGAAACAAUGCGGAUGUAUCUAAUGCAAUUCAUUUUCUUUGUAAGAGCCCACAUGGACAACACAACACACUGGCAUUCAGGCCACACACACACACACACACACACACACACUGAUCCCACUGAUAGUGAUGGCUAGCUAGUCAACAUGGGUCUUUCUGAAGCUUCUGUUUCUUUAUGAGAGCCCACAUGGACAAUGCACUGAUCACUGAGAAAUACCGCUAGCCUAGCGGUGUUGUGAUACAAUGCUGGCAAGGUGUUGUCUCAGCCAGCCAGCCAGCCACUAAGCCAGCCAGCCAGCCACUAAGCCAGCCAGCCAGCCACUAAGCCAGCCAGCCAGCGAGUCACAGGCAGCAGGCAGCACAGAUGACACAUUUUUCAACCUGUUUCUGUCUCACUUCUACAGCCUGCAGACAAAAGAGGUUAGAGACCCAUAUUGACUCAGCUUGGCACUACAUGUCUAUGGCUGGCUGGUUGCGUCCCAGAUAGAACCCUAUUCCAUUUAUAGUGCACUACUUUAGACCAGAGGGGGCUAUAAUAAUAUGGGUUCUGGCCAGAAACAACAUGUCUGUAUAAUAAUAUGGGUUCUGGCCAGAAACAACAUGUAUGUAUAAUAAUAUGGGUUCUGGCCAGAAACAACAUGUAUGUAUAAUAAUAUGGGUUCUGGCCAGAAACAACAUGUAUGUAUAAUAAUAUGGGUUCUGGCCAGAGAACAUGGUGGCCAGAGAACAUGGUGGCCAGAGAACAUGGUGGCCAGAGAACAUGGUGAAUAACAGUCAUAACUAGAAGCGUAGUAUUUUCAAUGUCUUUUGCUCAUAGGGAUAUUUCCAUUUCCAUUUUUAGUCAUUUAGCAGACGCUCUUAUCCAGAGCGACUUACAGUUAGUUACAGUUAGUGAGUGCAUACAUUUUCAUACUGGCCCCCCGUGGGAAACGAACCCACAACCCUGGCGUUGCAAGCGCCAUGCUCUACCAACUGGUUCUUCCCUUUUGGCUAGUGAUGACAUGACCUAUAAGCCUCAUUAGGAAACAUUAUAAAGGUUCUCACAUGCUUAUCACAGCAUCAUAAGGCAUUGUACCAGCAGGCUUUACCACGUGUUUUACUGCGGACAGCUUGAAGACGACAGAUGAGUGUGGAGAGGAAAUGUAAUUGCAAAUUAGUAAGGUUAUUACCUUGUACCUUAUUAUAUAAUAGAUAAUUAGUGUUGUACUCUUUGCUGUCCUAAGGUAUUUAGUGGUUAGACAACUCAAGCAUGUACCGCAGACACAACGGCACAGCAUGCGUCUGGAAUGAAUCAUUUGUUGUUUGCUCAUUAAUCCUCUCAGAACCUUCAGCGACUCAACUUCAAGUUACCACAACAGAGUUUAGAUUCUACUUGACUUGCUCAUGUAAGGACAAUAAUGAUGUUACAUAUUUCAUUUUUUGACAACAUUUAUUACUCCGUGACAAGAAAGGAAAAUAUAUACUGAAAUGGAUGUUUAGAUAAAAGGUACAGGAUGGUGUUUUAAGGUUUGGUUGAAUGAACACUGAUGUCUACUCUAGCCUCUCUGUAGCAGACUUGCCAGUUUUUUCCCGUAGUUUUAAAUUGUGUGUGUGUGUGUGCUAUCAUCAUAGCAGAGUGUGUUGGUGCGCUUUGGGUGUGUUGUGAUACGCUCACACUCAAACACUUGGCCCUUUCUAAUGUGUGUGAAGGCUAUGUUGUUCUUCAGUCAAAACCGAACAGAAGUGUGAUUUUAUUCAGGUAAUUGCACUCUGAUAUCCAGACCAGGUCUUGUCCAGGCCUGUCCGCCAUGCAAUGGAAUGUAGGCUAUGCAAUUGUGGAAACCUGAUGUGAGUCUGGCCUUUCCAAGAAUCCUUCCUUACAAUUCGAGUUUCCAUCAGAGUUUUCCCUUCAAGUUUACAGUGACAGGGUCUCCAUUUUGACUUGUUUGCUAUUUAUUGUUAGAUAUGAUAAUCCUUGCUUCCAGUAUCUCCUACGUACGUACAGUGCCUUCGGAAAGUAUUCAGACCCCUUGACGUUUUCCACAUUUUGUUACGUUACAGCCUUAUUCUAAAAUUGAUGAAAUUUAAAAAAAGAUCCUCAGCAAUCUACACACAAUACCCCAUAAUGACAAAGCGAAAACUGGUUUUUAGAAAUGUGUGCUAAUUUGUUAAAAAUAAAAAACAGAAAUACCUUUAUUGUGCAUGCUUUUUCCAUUGAUCAUCCUUGAUCUGUUUCUACAACUUGAUUGGAGUCCACCUGUGGUAAAUUCAAUUGAUUGGACAUGAUUUGGAAAGGCACACAUCUGUCUAUAUAAGGUCCCACAGUUGACAGUGCAUGUCAGAGCAAAAACCAAGCCAUGAGGUCGAAGGAAUUGUCCGUAGAGCUCCGAGACAGGAUUGUGUCGAGGCACAGAUCUGGGGAAGGGUACCAAAACAUUUCUGCAGCAUUGAAGGUCCCCAAGAACACAGUGGCCUCCAUCAUUCUGAAAUGGAAGACGUUUGAAACCACCAAGACUCUUCCUAGGGCUGGCCGCCCGGCCAAACUGAGCAAUCGGGGGAGAAGGGCCUUGGUCAGGGAGGUGACCAAGAACCCGAUGGUCACUCUGACAGAGUUCUAGAGUUCCUCUGUGGAGAUGGGAGAACCUUCCAGAAGGACAACCAUCUCUGCAGCACUCUACCAAUCAGGCCUUUAUGGUACAGUGGCCAGACGGAAGCCACUCCUCAGUAAAAGGCACAUGACAACCCGCUUGGAGUUUGCCAAAAGGAACCUAAAGACUCAGACCAUGAGAAACAAGAUUCUGAAUGCCAAGCGUCACGUCUGGAGGAAACCUGGCACCAUAUCUACGGUGAAGCAUGGUGGUGGCAGCAUCAUGCUGUGGGGAUGUUUUUCAGCAGCAGGGACUGGGAGACUAGUCAGGAUCGAGGGAAAGAUGGACGGAGCAAAGUACAGAGAGAUCCUUGAUGAAAACCUAUACCAGCAAGACAACGACCCUAAGCACACAGCCAAGACAACCCAGGAGUGGCUCCGGGACAAGUCUCUGAAUGUCCUUGACUGAACCAACCAGAGCCAGGACUUGAACCCGAUCAAACAUCUCUGGAGAGACCUGAAAAUAGCUGUGCAGCAACGCUCCCCAUCCAACCUGACAGCUUGAGAGGAUCUGCAGAGGAGAAUGGGAGAAACUCCCAAAAUACAGGUGUGCCAAGCUUGUAGCGUCAUACCCAAGAAGACUUGAGGCUGUACUUGCUGCCAAAAGUGCUUCAACAAAGUACCAAGUAAAGGGUUUGAAUACUUAUGGAAAUGUUAUAUUUCAUUUUUCCAUUUUUUAUACAUUUCCAAAAGGGAGGGAGAGACGAGAUGGCAACCAACCAAGCCGACUCGCGCUAUAGUAGACCAAUAACUGCCAUAGCUAGGUUAUUUAUUAUCAAAUAUGAUUACGUAGUGCCUGUUUUUGACUGCUUCAAACCGGGAGAAGCUAGUUAAGAUAGCUAACGUUAGCUAGCUAGGCUAACUGAGGCUGCAGUGCAUGCGCCUUCUCAUCCUACAGUUACAAAUAACAACACGGUUCAGAAUAUAAAGUAGCAGCCUCCCUACCUAUUGGCUCUUGGUCAUUGUAGCCUAUCCUUCUCCUUUACAUUUUAUUUCCAUCAUUUUAAUUCCAUCUUCCAUUGAUUAGAUAUCUCCUAACUUUUGCCACACAGAGGCUCUAUGACUGACUGUAGCCUAUUGCCGCUUUGAUGACUUAUGAUUGGCCAACAACAACAAGCACAAGCUGGACGCGCGACGCUCCACUCUGGUGAAAAGCAAGAGCAGCAUCAUAUAUGAUAACAUUUCUCUCUGUACUGCAGCAGUCGCAUUCGGUUCUGUACGGACCCUUCCUGACAGGCCAGUUAAAGUAACAUAUACUCGAGACCCGUGACAAUCAUAUCAGAUCCGUGACAUUAUUUAGAAUUCUGGAUACGGACCCGCUCGGGUCCCGGAUCGGGUCUCGGAUGUUUGGAUACAGGUUGAUCGGUGAAGACCUCUAGUAUGUAUGUACAAUCAGGGAGAUUAAUUUUAGAUUGUUUCCCCGAGCCCGACCCAGUCAUCUUGGUAAUAGGAAAGAUACUAUCAGUCUGUGAGACAUGUACUAGUGUAUUGGUGAUGCUGCCGCUAGCUGGUACUGGCUACAAAUAUGCUCCUGUCAGUUUCCACUUGGUGCUCUGCUCUCUCUCUCUGCUCUCUCUCUCUGCUCUGUCUCUCCCCACUCUCUCUCUGCUCUGUCUCCCCCCCUCUGCUCUGUCUCUCCCUCCCCCUCUCUCUUCUCUGUCCCCCCCCCCCCCCCCCCCGCCCCUGCGCUGUCUCUCUCCCCCCUUCUCUCUCUGCUCUGUCUCUCCCCCUCUCUCUCUGCUGGGCCCCCACCCUCUCUGCUCUCUCAAUUCAAUUCAAUUUCAAUUUAAGGGCUUUAUUGGCAUGGGAAACGUGUGUUAACAUUGCCAAAGCAAGUGAAGUAGAUAGUAAACAAAAGUGAAAUAAACAAUAAAUAUUAACAGUAAACAUUACACUCAGAAGUUUCAAAAGAAUAAAGACAUUUCAAAUGUCAUAUUAUGUAUAUAUACAGUGUUGUAACAAUGUGCAAAUAGUUAAAGUACAAAUGGGAAAAUAAAUAAACAUAAAUAUGGGUUGUAUUUACAAUGGUGUUUGUUCUUCACUGGUUGCCCUUUUCUUGUGGCAACAGGUCACAAAUCUUGCAGCUGUGAUGGCACACUGUGGUUUUUCACCCAGUAGAUAAGGGAGUUUAUCAAAAUUGGGUUUGUUUUCAAAUUCUUUGUGGAUCGCUGUAAUCUGAGGGAAAUAUGUGUCUCUAAUAUGGUCAUACAUUUGGCAGGAGGUUAGGAAGUGCAGCUCAGUUUCCACCUCAUUUUGUGGGCAGUGUGCACAUAGCCUGUCUUCUCUUGAGAGCCAGGUCUGCCUACGGCGGCCUUUCUCAAUAGCAAGGCUAUGCUCACUGAGUCUGUACAUAGUCAAAGCUUUCCUUAAGUUUGGGUCAGUCACAGUGGUCAAGUAUUCUGCCACUGUGUACUCUCUGUUUAGGGCCAAAUAGCAUUCUAGUUUGCUCUGUUUUUUUUUGUUUGUUCUUUCCAAUGUGUCAAGUAAUUCUCUUUUUGUUUUCUCAUGAUUUGGUUGGGUCUAGUUGUGUUGUUGUUGUUGUUGUUGUCCUGGGGCUGUGUGGGGUCUGUUUGUGUUUGUGAACAGAGCCCCAGGACAAGCUUACUUAGGGGACUCUUCUCCAAGUUCAUCUCUCUGUAGGUGAUGGCUUUGUUAUGGAAGGUUUGGGAAUCGCUUCCUUUUAAGUGGUUAUAGAAUUUAACGGCUCUUUUCUGGAUUUUGAUAAUUAGCGGGUAUUGGCCUAAUUCUGCUCUGCAUGCAUUAUUUGGUGUUUUAUGUUGUAUACGGAGGAUGUUUUUGCAGAAUUCUGCAUGCAGAGUCUCAAUUUGGUGUUUGUCCCAUUUUGUGAAUUCUUGGUUGGUGAGCGGACCCCAGACCUCAGAACCAUAAAGGGCAAUGGGUUCUAUAACUGAUUCAAGUAUUUUUAGCCAGAUCCUAAUUGGUAUGUCAAAUUUUAUGUUCCUUUUGAUGGCAUAGAAGGCCCUUCUUGCCUUGUCUCUCAGAUCGUUCACAGCUUUGUGGAAGUUACCUGUGGCGCUGAUGUUUAGGCCGAGGUAUGUAUAGUUUUUUGUGUGCUCUAGGGCAACGGUGUCUAGAUGGAAUUUGUAUUUGUGGUCCUGGCAACUGGACCUUUUUUGGAACACCAUUAUUUUUGUCUUACUGAGAUUUACUGUCAGGGCCCAGGUCUGACAGAAUCUGUGCAGAAGAUCUAGGUGCUGCUGUAGGCCCUCCUUGGUUGGUGACAGAAGCACCAGAUCGUCAGCAAACAGAAGACAUUUGACUUCAGAUUCUAGUAGGGUGAGGCCGGGUGCUGCAGACUGUUCUAGUGCCCUCGCCAAUUCGUUGAUAUAUAUGUUGAAGAGGGUGGGGCUUAAACUGCAUCCCUGUCUCACCCCACGGCCCUGUGGAAAGAAAUGUGUGUGUUUUUUGCCAAUUUUAACCGCACACUUGUUGUUUGUGUACAUGGAUUUUAUAAUGUCGUAUGUUUUUCCCCCAACCCCACUUUCCAUCAAUUUGUAUAGCAGACCCUCAUGCCAAAUUGAGUCAAAAGCUUUUUUGAAAUCAACAAAGCAUGAGAAGACUUUGCCUUUGUUUUGGUUUGUUUGUUUGUCAAUUAGGGUGUGCAGGGUGAAUACGUGGUCUGUCGUACGGUAAUUUGGUAAAAAGCCAAUUUGACAUUUGCUCAGUACAUUGUUUUCACUGAGGAAAUGAACUAGUCUGCUGUUAAUGAUAAUGCAGAGGAUUUUCCCAAGGUUGCUGUUGACGCAUAUCCCACGGUAGUUAUUGGGGUCAAAUUUGUCUCCACUUUUGUGGAUUGGGGUGAUCAGUCCUUGGUUCCAGAUGUUGGGGAAGAUGCCAGAGCUAAGGAUGAUGUUAAAGAGUUUAAGUAUAGCUAAUUGAAAUUUGUGGUCUGUAUAUUUUAUCAUUUCAUUGAGGAUACCAUCAACACCACAGGACUUUUUGGGUUGGAGGGUUUGUAUUUUAUCCUGUAGUUCAUUCAAUGUAAUUGGAGAAUCCAGUGGGUUCUGGUAGUCUUUAAUAGUUGAUUCUAAGAUUUGCAUUUGAUCAUGUAUAUUUUUUUGCUGUUUGUUCUCUGUUAUAGGGCCAAAAAGAUUGGAGAAGUGGUUUACCCAUACAUCUCCGUUUUGGAUAGAUAGCUCUUCGUGUUGUUGUUUGUUUAGUGUUUUCCAAUUUUCCCAGAAGUGGUUAGAGUCUAUGGAUUCUUCAAUUACAUUGAGCUGAUUUCUGACAUGCUGUUCCUUCUUUUUCCGUAGUGUAUUUCUGUAUUGUUUUAGUGAUUCACCAUAGUGAAGGCGUAGGCUCAGGUUUUCUGGGUCUCUAUGUUUUUGGUUGGAUAGGUUUCUCAAUUUCUUUCUUAGGUUUUUGCAUUCUUCAUCAAACCAUUUAUCACUGUUAUUACUUUUCUUUGGUUUUCUGUUAGAGAUUUUUAGAUUUGAUAGGGAAGCUGAGAGGUCAAAUAUACUGUUUAGGUUUUCUACUGCCAAGUUUACACCUUCACUAUUACAGUGGAACGUUUUGUCCAGGAAGUUGUCUAGAAUGGAUUGAAUUUGUUGUUUCCUAAUUGUUUUUUGGUAGGUUUCAACACUACUUUCCUUCCAUCUAUAGCAUUUCUUAAUAUUAUUCAGUUCUUUUGGCUUUGAUGCCUCAUGAUUGAGUAUUGCUCUGUUCAAGUAGACUGUGAUUUUGCUGUGGUCUGAUAGGGGUGUCAGUGGGCUGACUGUGAACGCUCUGAGAGACUCUGGGUUGAGGUCAGUGAUAAAGUAGUCUACAGUACUACUGCCAAGAGAUGAGCUAUAGGUGUACCUACCAUAGGAGUCCCCUCGAAGCCUACCAUUGACUAUGUACAUACCCAGUGUGCGACAGAGCUGCAGGAGUCGUGACCCAUUUUUGUUGGUUAUGUUGUCGUAGUUGUGCCUAGGGGGGCAUAUGGGGGAGGGAAUGCUGUCACCUCCAGGUAGGUGUUUGUCCCCCUGUGUGCUGAGGGUGUCAGGUUCUUGUCCAGUUCUGGCAUUUAGGUCGCCACAGACUAGUACAUGUCCCUGGGUCUGGAAAUUAUUGAUUUCCCCCUCCAGGAUGGAGAAACUGUCUUCAUUAAAGUAUGGGGAUUCUCUCUCUCUCUCUGCUCUGUCCACCCCCCCUCUCUCUGCUCUCUCUCUCUUUCUCUCACUCACUCACACUCACGACUUAGUGUUUCUUUUUGUUUUGAUCUACUUCCGUAAACUAAACUAAAGCAACUCCAAAAGGGAAGAGAACAAACAAAGACUGAUUUGUAGCACCUUGGUGUGUUGGUUGGCUGACAGACUUCUGCAGAUGUGCUGCAAGCAGAUAAACACAUACUUGUUCACGAGGCUACUUGUUCAGUUGACCAUACGUCUUACAAAUGGAAUAAUAUGCAAGUGCACCGCAGAUGCUUAAUCUAUUAACGUACAGGAAGCCAACAAGUAGGCCUGUCACCUCCCUAACCCUAGCCUGUCACCUCCCUAACCCUAGCUUGUCACCUCCCUAACCCUAGCUUGUCACCUCCCUAACCCUAGCCUGUCACCUCCCUAACCCUAACCUGUCACCUCCCUAACCCUAGCCUGUCACCUCCCUAACCCUAGCCCGCCACCUCCCUAACCCUAGCCUGACACCUCCCUAACCCUAGCCUGACACCUCCCUAACCCUAGCCUGACACCUCCCUAACCCUAGCCUGACACCUCCCUAACCCUAGCCUGUCACCUCCCUAACCCUAGCCUGUCACCUCCCUAACCCUAGCCCCACCACUCCAACCCUCCUCCCCUCCCUACAUCCGCCACCUCCCUAACCCUACCUGUCACCCCCCUAACCCUAGCCUGCACCUCCCUAACCCUAGCCUGUCCCACCUCCCUAACCCCUAGCCUGUCAACCUCCCUAACCCUAGCCUGUCACCUCCCUAACCCUACCUUCCCUCCCUACCCUGCCUGCCACCUCCUACCCUACCUCCCCUCCCUAUGCCUCCCUCCCUACCCGCCUCCCCACCCUAACCCUAAACCUGGCCACCCUCCCUCCCUAGCCUCCACCUUUCCCCAACCCUACCUGUCACUUUCCUCCACCCCCUUCCCCCUCCCUACCCUAUCCUUCACCUCCCUAACCCCUCUCCUUCCCACCUCCCUAACCCUAGCCUGUCACCCCCCCCCCCCUAACCCUAUCCUGCACCCUCCUAACCCUACCCCGUCACCUCCCCUACCACCCCCGACCCCCUAUCCCAACCCUAAAGGCCCACCGUCCCUCCCCACCCUGCCUCCCUCCCUAACCUACCCUACCCUCCCCAACCCUAUCCACCCUAGCCCCCCUCCCUCCCUAGCCCUACCUGCCACCCCACAUCCCUAACCCUAGCCUGCCACCUCCCUAGCCCUUGCCUGCCCACUUUCCCUAACCCUAGCCCUAGCCUGCCACUUCCCUAACCACCUCCACUUCCUGGUUGGGGGCCACGGUUGGCUCAAUGUGUUUUCACACUCAGUCACCAAUGCCAUUUCCUAUACAUGUAGGCUUGUGUCCUACUUAAUGGUCUGGAAAAAAGGGCCCCAACGUGUAUGAUAAGGGAUUUUUUUUUCACCCAAAGAUACCAUGGUUUCCAAAAACCGUGGCUUUCCCUUACAUCUGAUAUUGAGGUUAAGGUGCUUUCUGGCCCUAACUGACGUGUGUGUGUGUGUGAUAUUAACUCUCCUCCCCUCCCCUCCCACCCUCCCUCUUAUCUCCCUCUCUCCCCUCCCACCCUCUCUUCUCCUCUCCUCCCCUCAUCCCCCCCUCCCUCCCACCCUCUCUCCCCUCCCUCCCUCCCUCUCUACCCCUCCCUCCCUCUCUACCCCUCCCUCCCUCUCUCCCCCUCCCCACCCUCUCUCUCUCACUCCCCCUCCCACUCUCUCUCCCUCUCCUCUCCCCCCUCCCUCCCACCCUCUCUCUCCCACCCUCUCUCCCCCUCUCUCCUUCUCUCCCCCCUCCCAUUCUCCCACCCUCUCUCCCCCCUCCCACCCUCUCUCCCUCCCUCUCUCCCCCUCCCACCCUCUCUCCAGAGGUUUACCAAUGAGGACCACCUGGCUGUACACAAACACAAGCAUGAGAUGACUCUAAAGUUUGGCCCUGCCAGGACUGACUCUGUCAUUAUCCAAGGUACUGGUUCUCCUAGUGAGUCUGUAAUAUUUAGUUUUAUUACUCUACUGUUCUGGCACCUCUUUACUUUGGUCCAUUUGUCAGUUGUUGAGUACCCAAAUGUCAGUUGUGAUCACCAGAACAUUUUAGUCGGAUAUAGGAUCACUGAUGUCCCCACCUGUCAAGUUUGACUUCUCUGAAAACCUUUAGUGGUUGACCUUUAGUAGUUGAAUAUUGGAUUAAUUUGAUCUUUAAAUCGUCAUGCCAAAGUGUGUCAGAAUAAAAGUCAUCCAUGGGCUUUGAAAAAGGUGAUAUUUUCUCAAAUUGACAUUUCUCUUUGUGUUUCUCUUCCUCCUGUUCCAGACCAGACCCCUACUCCCACUCGCUUCCUGAAGAACUGUGAGGAGGUGGGGCUGUUCAACGAGCUGGCUAGCUCCUUCGCUGAGGAGUUCAGGAAGGCCCAGGAGGAUGACGACAAGCGGGCCAAGAACCCUGUGAGUAGAAAUCGCUUGGUUCUCUGUAGCUUAGUUGGUAGAGCAUGGCGGUUGCAAUGCCAGUAUAGUGGGUUCGAUUCCCGGGACCACCCGUAUGUAAAAUGUAUGCACACAAGACUGCUUUGGAUAAAAGCAUCUGCUAAAUGGCAUAAUAUUAUCAUAUUAUAGAACCGAGGGAGUUUGAUAGACCAUGUUUGCCUGAUUAGGUACUGUAUCUGAGACCCAAAGACUUGCAUUAGGUCUAAGCUUUAGGUCAGAACACAGUGUUGUUGCACGCAGAAGAGCAGGAUCGGAACCCAAUCGGUCACAUGAGCAAUAGGGUGGAAUGGGAUGGGAGUCCUGGAUCUUCUGAAGGGAUAUCUCUGCUGUGUUUCAUAGUGUCACAGUCUCUCCCCCCCACCCCCCCCCUCCAGCUCCCUGCCCCCCACAGAGAGGUGGCCCUACACAUGAGCCUGCAGACACCGUCAGCAGAAUCCAUGAAGGUGAAGGAGGAGGAGCCUGUGGAGGUUGACUCUUCCCCACCAGGAAGUCCUGAUUCCUUCUCCAGCAUGUCAGACAGUAGCAGGGAUGCCAUGGUGAGACGAGGAAAGGUAGGGGUCAAAACUUAGGGGACAUGACUGACCAGCAAACCCAUGUUGAAUGACCUAAUUGGUUCUGGUUAGGAUUAGAGUUAUGGGUUGACAUGCCAGUCAUGUCCCUUCAGUCACACCCAAAGGUAGGGGACAGGGGAGCGCCAGAGGAACGGGUAGGUAUGGGUGACCAGGAUGGAUGGGCACUGUGGUCUGUUGAUGGGGAGCGUCUGACAGGAUCGGGAAACAACAUGUACGGACCUGCUGUACUCCAUAUUAACUAUGUCUAUGAGCUAUCAAGAAACAAUCCACAAUGCAUUGGGAAAGAGGCUGUAUUAAACCUAUGAGAGUCAUAAUUGACCUUAUACUAAACAUCUGUUGUUGAACUAGGCAUCUCUCCUGUCUUCUCUCAGGACACUCCCCUGAGGUCAGUGCUGAGUUCGGCCCCCACCCCCACCAUCGUGAGGCACGGUGCCCUCCCUAUGCGUCCCAGACCAGGUUCUCUGCCCCUCCACUUGGGCUUUGACACCUUGCAGCCCACCAUGCCUUCACCCACCUCCGUCAUCACACCCACCCCACCCUCCAACCGCACCCUGCUGGGGUGAGUGACUGGUCCUGCACAAGCCUGGUUCUAGAUUUGAAGACUGCUCAGAUCUGGACCCAGGCUAGUCCUCCAUGGGGCCUGGAGCUGCAGUUAAAGAUGACUUUUAUAUGCUGAAUUCCACAUCAACCCUUUUUACGACCGUUUAGGCUAGAGACAAGCCGUUUUCUUUGCUGUAAAGCUGCAAGCAUGCCUGUCGCGGUUCUGAAACACUUCAGUGUGCUGUAGGCAGCAGCGGAGUUAGGAGACUAGAAAACAGCCCUUGUCUUAAUUGUCUAAGAAAAGUGAGGAGAGACGAAACCCCAACUUAAUUACGUCUAUAAUCAACAGCCUAACUGUUAAAUGUGCCUGGCUUUAUAAAUCAUCCAUAUACAGUACCAGUUAAAAGUUUGGACACACCUACUCAUUCCAGGGUUUUUCUUUAUUUUUACUAUUUUCUACUAUGUAGAAUAAUAGUGAAGACAUCAAAACUAUGAAAUAAUACAUAUGGAAUCAUGUAGUAACCCCAAAAAGUGUUAAACAAAUCAAAAUAUAUUUUAUAUUUGAGAUUCUUCAAAUAGCCCCCCUUUGCCUUGAUGACAGCUUUGCACACUCUUGGCAUUCUCUUAGUUGUGAUGUCUUCACUAUUAUUCUACAAUGUAGAAAAUAGUAAAAAUAAAGAAAAACCCUUGAAUGAGUAGGUGUGUCCAAACUUUUGACAGGUAGUGUAUAUCUACAGAAAUAAGACAGAUCCUGCUUCUGUAACCUGUUUGAGUGUUUGUUUAAUAGCCUACAGAUAUCGUGAGCACCAAGCCUCACGCAACCACAUGUCGGAUAAACAAUUUCACAAAUUCGACUGUUUUUUAAUCUUUGCUAUACUGUAAUAAAGGCUUUUCGUUAGAACAGCCUCUCUGGUAUUAUGUAUACAUUAUUUAGUAUUUACACUGUUCCAAAUUGUCAGGAAAAUAAUAUUUAUAAUAAAAUAACCCUCCUUUUUCCUUGAUCUCCUUCCUAUUGUUAUUAUUACUAUUAUUAUGAUCAUCAUUAUAAUAAUAAGUAAUGUCAUUAUCAUUAGUAGGCUUAGUAUAGCAGCCUUGUAUCGCCACCAUCGAGCUGUAGGCCUAAGAGCGCAUCCUGUUUAGUCUUUAAUACCGUAACUUACUUAGGCCUAUAUUUCAAUACUUAUAUAGGCUACUGUAUCAAUCAAUUAUUUAAUUGUUUAUGUCAUUACACAGCAUACGAGUCAUUCAUGAUUUGAAAUGCAAUCAAGAAUUUUAGUUUUUAAAUAAAAUAACAAAGUGACCAUUGGAUAAUUAGCAUAAACAAUAAAUACACCGAAACCGUUCCAUUUCGGAAAAUGUAUUCACGAAUGAAUGCGACUGUUUUUAGUCUUUGCUGUAAUAAAGGCUUUACAAAAAAACAAAAAAACAUUACAACAGACUCUCUGGUAUGGUAUAAUUUAUUUAGUGUUGUUUACAUUGUUCCAAACGGUCAGAAAAAUUAUAUUGUAAUCUAACAGCACCAAGGGUUGAGGGAAUAGGGAAUGUUUAUCCUAAACAAAUUAGGGAUUUCAGUAACAUAACACUUCUGUCAGAAACGGCUGUAAUUAUGUUGCAGCUUCAGCAACACGGACACCGCGACACACACUGUUGAUGUUCUGUGGUGGUCGCUGCAGCAGGGAGGAGAGCGAGACAACGGGUGCUAGUCACACAGUCACUCGCUGUCUUUUUUUAACACAGAGCAGAAAGUCUGAGCCAGGCCCAGCACAAUCAAAUCAAUUGCGGUCGGACUCCCUCUAGUCAUUUGUGUCUUAAGUAUUUCAUCAAACAGUUCGCUUAAAGCAUCACACAAGCUCAGUGCAUAUAGUUGAUUUGAUUAAAACACAUAGGAUGUUUCUAUAUAUGGAAAAAUACCUAAUUCUUUUAGACCAAUCGAUUCUUGGUCGACCGAUCAAAUUUUUUAGUUGGGGACAGCCCUAAACUGAGUUAGGAAGGACGCCUGUAUCUUUGUAGUGACUGGGUAUAUUGAUACACCAUCCAAAGUGUAAUUAAUAACUUCACCAUGCUCAAAGGGAUAUUCAAUGUCUACUUUUAAAUGUUUACCCAUCUACCAAUAGGUGCCCUUCUUUGCGAGGCAUUGGAAAACCUCACUGCUCGACUGAGGGACCUUACAAUUAUCUGUAUGUGUAGGUACAGAGAUGAGGUAGUCAUUCAAAAAUCAUGUUAAACAGUAAUAUUGCGAACAGAGUGAGCCCAUGCAACUUAUUAUGUGACUUGUUAAGCACAUUUUUACACCUGAACUUAUUUAGGCUUGCCAUAUCAAAGGGGUUAAAUACUUAUUGACUCAAGACAUUUCAGCUUUUCAUUUUAAUCAAUUUGUAAACAUUUCUAAAAACAUAAUUCCACUUUGACAUUAUGGGGUAUUGUGCAUGUGUGUAGGCCCGUGACAAAAAAAUCUCAAUUUAAUCAAUUUUAAAUUCAGGCUGUAACACAACAAAAUGUGGAAAAAGUCAAGGGAUGUGAAUUAUUUCUGAAGGCACUGUAGUUACGAGAUCUCUAGUUGGAUUUAACCCGUUUUUGCAUUGCCAUUGAGGGCUUCCACCAUUUUAAAGUAGUCAGCUUUGUGGGUAUUCCUAUGGGUUGGAAGGGAUUAGCCAAUGAUCAGAGCAUUGACUUCUUCAAAUUGGGUUACCUGGUUUUUAAAUGGCUUUAAGCUGUAUCACCGCCAUCUAGUGGCCACAAAUUAAUGACACACAGGAUUUGGUUCAGGACUCCAGCACUGCAGGUGUCGGUAAAUCACCAUUAUAAGCUUUAUGCUUUUUUUCAAACACAAAAUAAAAAGAAAAUAGCUUCAAUGGAUCUGCCCGUGCUGUCAUAGUCGCCAUUAUGGUACAGAUACAAAGAAUAUAUAUCUAACUAACUCUGUACCUAGCCCUUAGGCCACUUCUGUACAUCUGAAAGGAUUGGAUAGGUGUGUCCAAUAUGGUGUCAAUUCCACCUACCCUAUCAGAGGGCAAGAUGGAGCUUUUUAAAUAGAUUUUUUUAUUCUACCAGUAACCCUCUACCUCUUUUUUUCUAUAGCUCUCCCACUGGCCACUACCCCAUGAUGAUGCACCUUCCCAAUGGGCUCCUGCCUGGUCCUAUGCAGAUACCCUCUGUCAUUUCUGUAAGUGCCCUGCCUUCACCCAUCUGUCUGUCCUUGUCUGGUUUGGGAAUGGUGGUUGUUGCCAAUUCUGAUUGACGUGGAAGCUGACCUUCGCUAAGGGAGUAAUAACAUCUCAAUCAGAAAGUUUGAUAAAAUAAUGAAAUUGUAUGCUUGCACUAGUCGUCUACAAUGUGUAUUAAUUCACAUAGAAGCAUAUAUGAAGCAGUUUGAAAAGACUGACAUUGAGGUAGUAUCUCACUUUGCCAGCCUGAGCCCCGACCUAGCUAGGUCGUUAAAGUGUGUGUGUGUUCUGUCUCCAGCUGGCUCGGCCCAUGCACAUGGUGCCCAACAUUCCCGGCAUCCCUGGUCCUCCUAUUGGAGGCGGCAGCAGUGGCUCCAACUCCCCCUCCGGGUACACCACACACUCUGAGGCCAAGAUGGUGAGCUCUCUCUCUCGCUCUCUCUCUCUCUCGCUCUCUCUCUCUCUCGCUCUCUCUCUCUCGCCCUCUCUCUCUCGCUCUCUCUUUCUUGCUCUCUCUCUCUCGCUCACUAUAUCUGUCGCUCUGGCUCACUCGCCAUCUGUCUCUCGCUUUUCAUCUUGCUUUUCUCUGUCUCUCUGUCUUGCUCCGGUUCACCGUUCCUUCUCUCUCACUCUCUCUUUCUCUCUCUCCUUCUUUCUUUCUUUCCUUCUUUCUUUCCUUCUUUGUUGCCCUAUUGCGUUCCCUCCCUCCCUCUAUCUCUGUUUGUUCAUCACAUGACAGAGAUUGCAGUCCAAUAAUAGUUUUGAUGAACAUUCGGAGUGCUUGUAUAGGAAAAGAUCAGAUACAUAAACAGGUGUGUUUAAGCAGGUACAUUGGGAGUGAUAACAUGAAUGAGCAGGUGUGUGUGUGUCUGUUUAUUUCUGUCUGUGUGUGUGGUUGUCUGUCUGUCUAUAUAGUUAUAUGUGUGUGUGUGGGGGGUUACUGUUAACAUGGCCCUGGUUGUCCUGUCUCCUGUAGAGGCUGAAGGCAGCACUAGCACAGCAGAGUUCAGGGGGUCAGAUGGGGGGUGUGGCCGGCAGCCCCAUGCACCCCCAGAGGAUGGAGCAGAGCCAGCUAUUGGUGCAGCACCCAGACGCACCCUCGCCCGCACAGCCACAGGUAGGACAACAUGGAGACAUGGACCCUCCCCGCACAGCCACAGGUAGGACAACAUGGAGACAUGGACCCUCCCCGCACAGCCACAGGUAGGACAACAUGGAGACAUGGACCCUCCCCUGCACAGCCACAGGUAGGACAACAUGGAGACAUGGACCCUCCCCUGCACAGCCACAGGUAGGACAACAUGGAGACAUGGACCCUCCCCUGCACAGCCACAGGUAGGACAACAUGGAGACGUGGACACACACAUUUUACAUUUGAGUAAUUUAGCAGACGCUCUUAUCCAGAGCAAAAUACAGAGUGCAUUCAUCUUAGGAUAGCUAGGUGGGACAAUCGCAUAUCUUAAGCACAUUUUUUCCUUUAAAAAAAGUAGCUAUCAGCAAAGUCAGUGGUGGUGAGGUGGUUUCAGAAGAUGGGCAGGGACUCUGUGGGAAGCCAGGACAGAGAAUAACUUUGACUGGGCUGAGCGGGAGAUUCCCUCUCGUAGGGGUGGGAGGGCCAGGAGACGAGAGGCAGAACUUGGUAGUACUCAGGUUGGGGUGUAGGGUUUGAGCAUAGUCUGAAGGUAGGGAGAGAGGGGCAGUUCCUCUUGCUGCUCUGUAGGCAAGUACCAUGGUCUUGUAAUGGAUGCGCGCUUCGACUGGAAGCCAGUGGAGUGUGCGGAGGAGCAGGGUGACAUGGGAGAUCUUGGGAAGGUUGAACACCAUGCUGGCUGCGGCGUUCUGGAUAAGUUGCAAGGGUUUGAUGGCACAAGCGGGGAGCCCAACCAACAGUGAGUUGCAGUAGUCCAGACUGGAGAUGACAAGUGCCAGGAUUAUGACCUGCGUCACUUCCUGUGUGAGGUAGGGUCGGACUCUAUGGAUGUUGGUGUUUAUCCAGGGUCACGCCAAGUUUCUUUGCAGUCUGGGAGGGGGACACCGUGGAGUUGUCAACCGUGAUGAAGUUGGGCAGGCCUUCUCCGGGAGGAAGAGCAGCUCCAUUUUGCCAAGGUUGAUUGGCUGACAUCCAAGCUGAGAUAUCUGCCAGGCACGCAGAGAUGCGUGUCGCAACCUGGGCGUCAGAAGAAGGGAAACAGAAAAUAAGUUGUCAUCCACCAUCUUAGCAAUGAUCGGAGAGACCAUGUGAGGAUUUGAUAGAGCCGAGUGACUUGGUGUAUAGAGAGAAGAGGAGAGGGCUUUGAACUGAGAUCUGGGGGACACCAGUAGUGAGAGUACGUGGGGCAGAUCCUCUCCACGUCACCUGGUAGGAGCAAGCCUGCCAGGUAGGAUGCAAUCCAAGAGUGUGCAGAACCUGAGACGCCCUGCCCUGAGAGGGUGGGGAGGUGAAUCUGAUGGUUCACGGUGUCGAAGGCAGUGGAUAGAUCUAGGAGGAGAGUGAGUCAGCUUUGGCAGUGCAUAGAGCCUCCGUGACACAGAAGAGAACAGUCUCGGUUGAGUGACACAUCUUGAAGCCUGACUGGUUAGGGUUAAGAAGUUAUUUCUGAGAGAGAUAGUGAGAGAGUUGGUCAGAGACUGCACGGUCAAGUGUUUUGGAAAGAAAAGAAAGAAGGGAUGGUUAGGGUUAAGAAGUUAUUUCUGAGAGAGAUAGUGAGAGAGUUGGUCAGAGACUGCACGGUCAAGUGUUUUGGAAAGAAAAGAAAGAAGGGAUACAUACCGGUCUGUAGUUUUUGACGUCAGAGAGGUUGAGUGUUGGUUUCUUGAGGAGGGGAGCAACUCUGGCCAGUGGUCAGGGAUGUGUUGAUGAGGGAAGUAAGGAAUGGGAGAAGGUCUCCAGAGAUGGUCUGGAGGAGGGGAUGGGGUCGAGCGGGCAGGUUGUCGGGCGGCCGGUCCUCACUAGUCUCAGGAUUUCAUGUGGAGAGAGAGGGGAGAAAGAGGUCGAAGCGUAGGGUAGUCCUGUGUAAGUGGGAUCAGUGGACUCAAUAGGCUGAGUGAAUGAGGAGCGGAUGUCGUCAACCUUCUUUUCAAAGUGGGUGACAAAGUCAUCCGCAGAGAGGGAGGAGGGAGCGGGUGGAGGAUAAAGGUGGAAGGAAGUGUCCUAGCCCUGUUCUGUAAGCUCACAAUGAGCCACUCAGCCACGGCGCAGGCGGGUAGGGCCGAGCCGGCCGGGAGGAAAGGGGACAGUGCGAGUCAUAGGAUGCGGAAAGGGAGGAGAGUAGGGUCGAAGAGGCAGAAUCACGAGACAGGAGGGAGAAGGAUGUAGCAGAAGGAAGAGAUGAUGGGAUAGAAGAGGAGAGAGUAGUGGGGAGGGAAAGUGAAGAUUGAAACGGCAAGUGACCAUCUGGGUAGGGGCUGAGUGGGUAGGGUUGGAGGAAAGGGAGAGAGAAAAGGAAGCAAAGUAGUGAUCAGAGACCUGGAGGGGGAACAGUCUCUAGUAAAGAUGAGAUCAAGCGUAUUGCCUGCCUUGUGAGUGGGAGGGGACUGGUGAGGUCAAAAGAGGCAAGGAGGGGAAAGAAAGAGGUGGAAAGAAAUUAAUCAAAGGCAGAUGUCGGGAGGUUGAAGUCGCCCAGAAUGAUGAGCGGUGAGCCAUCGUCAGGAAAUGAGCUUAUCAAGGUGUCAUGCUCGUUGAGGAACUCUCUAAGGGCACCUGGUGGGCGAUAGAUGACAACAAUGUUAAGCUUGAGUGGACAAGUGACAGUGACCGCAUAGAAUUCAAAUGAGGAGAUGGACAGGUGAGUGAGGUAGAAAAAAUAAAAUCUCCACUUAGGAGGAAUGAGGAUACACACACGCAUGUUAAUUGUAAAGAAUAUAAAUGGAGACUUAUACUCUGUGGCCACAAUAGAAAAUGAUCAAAACCCUCUUGACUUGGAUCUUCAUGACUCUUGGUUCAUUGACAUCAGUAGAGGGGCUUUAAAAUGCAAAAUUAUAAUUUAGCCACUAAAAGACUUCCAGUGUUGAGCUCAAUCUGUCUAGCCCACUCCCCCUCAGUCUAUACCCCUGUCUGCCUGCUGCCAUGACUCUCUCUUUCUCUCUCGCUCUCUCUCCCCCCCAGGUGUCUCCUGCUCAGCCUACCGGUGGUCGGCGGCGGCGUGCGGCGGAGGACGACCCGGAUGAUAGACGACAGCGUUUCCUGGAGAGGAACCGGGCAGCCGCCUCGCGCUGCCGACAGAAACGCAAAGUCUGGGUCAACUCCUUAGAGAAGAAGGCCGAGGAGCUCUCCUCCAUGAACGUCUUCCUGGCGGUGGGUGUGUGGGAGGGUGGGUGUGUGAGUGUGUGGGAGGGUGGGUGGGUGUGGGUGUGUGAGUGUGUGGGAGGGUGGGUGUGUGAGUGCGCGUUUUCAAGAUUGCACUGUAUUCUGCUCUCAUCUGUCCUUUCUUUGAACCACCCACUCAUUGAGAUAUUUCUAUCAACCAGUUUGAAAAGUCAAUCUAAAUGUCUCAGUAUUAUCCAUUGCCUUUCUCUGUGUCGGUGUGAGUCAACAGUAAUGGCAGAGGAAAAAAAUGAAAACUUGCACACAGUUUAAUGCUGCUAUUCAGUCCUCAAUGCUUUAUUCCUGCCCCAUACGUUUGAGAUGUGCAUACCAUGCUGCUUUCUUCAAUGUUUUUAUCCAUCUGCCCAGGGACUACAGAUAAACUAGCCAGCCUGCUAAAUCUGUCCCAGUCAAAAUAAUACAUAAAUAAAUAUAUAUCACUCUUGUUUGCUUCAUCAACAGUGACUUCAGACCCUCUCUCUCUGUGUAUUCGUGUGAGAAAACACAGCAGUAUUGACUCAUUAUUAUUAUUAUUAUUAUUAUUAUUAUUAUUAUUUUUAUUAAUAACAACAGUAUUGACAUUAUUAUUAUUAUUGUAAUUAUUAAUAACAACAGUAUUGACUCAUUAUUAUUGUAAUUAUAACAACAGCAUUGACUCAUUGUUAUUGUAAUUAUUAAUAAUAAUAGUAUUGACUCAUUGUGUUACUGUGUCUCUUCAGAAUGAGGUGUCUCUUCUGAGGAACGAGGUGGCUCAUCUCAAGCAGCUGCUGCUGGCUCAUAAGGACUGCCCUGUCACCACUCUACAGAAGAACAUGGGUGAGCCUGCUAUCUAGCAGCAUCUAGAAAACACACUGAAACCUCUCCUCAGGCUGUUGGAUGAAAGGCAUUGUAUAACGUUAUAUAGUCAAGUCUACAGUGGCUAGUUCAGAUCACUACCUUGGCUUAGUCAGUGGCUAGUUCAGAUCACUACCUUGGCUUAGUCAGCGUCUAGUUCAGAUCACUACCUUGGCUUAGUCAGCGUCUAGUUCAGAUCACUACCUUGGCUUAGUCAGCGUCUAGUUCAGAUCACUACCUUGGCUUAGUCAGCGUCUAGUUCAGAUCACUACCUUGGCUUAGUCAGCGUCUAGUUCAGAUCACUACCUUGGCUUAGUCAGCGUCUAGUUCAGAUCACUACCUUGGCUUAGUCAGCGUCUAGUUCAGAUCACUACCUUGGCUUAGUCAGCGUCUAGUUCAGAUCACUACCUUGGCUUAGUCAGUGGCUAGUUCAGAUUACUACCUUGGCUUAGUCAGUGGCUAGUUCAGAUUACUACCUUGGCUUAGUCAGUGGCUAGUUCAGAUCACUACCUUGGCUUAAUCAGUGGCUAGUUCAGAUCACUACCUUGGCUUAGUCAGCGUCUAGUUCAGAUUACUACCUUGGCUUAAUCAGUGGCUAGUUCAGAUCCCUACCUUGGCUUAAUCAGUGGCUAGUUCAGAUUACUACCUUGGCUUAAUCAGUGGCUAGUUCAGAUCCCUACCUUGGCUUAGUCAGUGGCUAGUUCAGAUUACUACCUUGGCUUAGUCAGUGGCUAGUUCAGAUCACUACCUUGGCUUAAUCAGUGGCUAGUUCAGAUCACUACCUUGGCUUAGUCAGUGGCUAGUUCAGAUCUCUAGAUGGCCAUGGUAGGAAUAACAAAAAUACUUUGUUGUUAGAACCAAUGAGCCAGUAAGUACAUAUGCUAAAUGUCUUCAUUAAUGGGGGUUAAGUGAUUGAAAUAGCUUGUUGUGGUUUCUGGUGGCUCUGUUCUUUCUACCAUGUAGAGUAUCUCUGGUAAACUCAUCCUUGUAACUCUUGUGUCUCUGUGCUGUAGGAGAAGACAGUACUAUGAAAGACGUGUCGGAGCCCACCGGCUCCCCAGCACCCGUCAUCCAGCACAGCUCCCUGCCCAGCCCCUCUCCUUCCUCGGGCCCCAACGGCAUAAAUGCCCAGGCGGCCGCCGAGGCCAUGUCUGUGCUGGCUGGGAUGGGUCAGCACCAGCAGAGGAGAGGAGAGAGGGAUGGAGGGAGAGACGGGAGGGAUGGACCCUCCUCCCACGUCAUCAUGGCCACACAGUCGCACCACUCUGCCAGAUGAUGAGCAAUGAGCGUAUCACACGCCACGGCCCGGGACUCUAUGGUAAACACACCACCAGGCACCAGCCUACACAGGGGCAGGAGGAAAGCAGAGGAGAGGGUAGAGAAGGAAGAGGGCAACAUGCCUUCCUAGUAAAAUCAACCUGAGGAGUAGUUACAUGAUACAACCUCCCUCCUCUCUGCCUGUGCUGUGGCGGCCAUUUUGUGUCAGCAACUUUGUGUCAGGCCUGGAGCCUUGCUGGAGCUCAGCAACAACAGCCUUCUGGGAAUGGACCGGGACGAUAGGAGAAAAAGAGCUUCUUGUUCUGUUCACUAUGCCAUAUAUAGACUACAUACAGGGGCUGGACUCCACACCCCUCGUAUCCUC